ACAAAAGAUUUUUUGGCGGGAACGCGAGGAACGAAGUGUAAUUUGUUUUCUUUCGUUGAUUCUUCAGGAUUUAAAGUGUAAUCAUGUUUAUUUACCGUUAAAUAUCUGCAAAACCUAUGUGGGAAAAUGAAACAAAAUCCAUUGAAAAUGUAUAAAUAACCACCACUUUACUGAGACUUCAUUUCAUUACAUAUCAUAACGCUCAGUAUCAUUUUUCAUCAAACAGAAAAAUCAAAAGAUUAGGCUGUAUGGCUUGAUAUCUUCGCCUUUUCAAUUAGAAAAAUAGAAUUGCUACUCAACAAAACGAAACAUAAAUAUAGUAAAAUAAGAGUAGGUAUUCGAUAAAAUGCCUUUAAUUAUAAUUUGUGGCACACCAGUAAGCGGAAAAACGACAAGAGCGAAAGAAUUAAAACAGUUUUUUGAGGAAAAGCACGGGAAAACCGUGGAAAUCGUUUCUGAAGACGAGGCCAUUGCAAAAUUAGGUUAUGAAAAAAAUUCAAUGUUUCUCGACUCCCAGAAGGAAAAACGAGUGCGGGGUUACUUAAAAUCUGAAGCGAUAAGAUUAAUAGGAAAGGAUAAUGUCGUUAUACUAGACGGCAGCAAUUAUAUCAAAGGAUACCGUUACGAGUUGUAUUGCGCUUCAAAAGCUUCAAAGUCCACGCAAUGCACAAUUUACACCCUACGUAAUCAUGAAGAAGCGUGGCAGGCGAACCAGAAGAGGAUUAGCACAGAUAAUAGUGACCAGUACACUGAGGAAGUCUUUAAUGCAUUAACUAGAUUGAGGUUCGAGGAACCAAAUUCCAACAAUCGAUGGGAUAGUCCACUCUUCACAGUUCUGCCAACAGACAAUAUAGAUUUAGAAACUAUAUACAAAGUUCUAUUUGAAAAGAAACCUCCACCACCCAAUCAAAGCACUCAAAAUCCUCCACUAUCCUCAACGAACUUUUUAUAUGAAGUGGACAAAACCACUCAGGAUAUCUGCAAACAGAUACUGGAAGCAAAACAGUUGAACUUGGAUGGAGAAGUCAAGUUCCCAAGUUACUCGGCUGUGCUUGAAGCGGGCUUCAUACAAGAUGUCAACCCUCAGAAGUUACUGCGACUCAGGAGACAGUUCCUCACAUAUGCCAAAAUGAAUCACUCCAGUGAAAGUGCAGAUAAAAUAGCAAGAUACUUUGUGCAGUAUUUAAAUAAAACUUUACAUGAUUGAUGUUCAAACUUUAAAUGAGUCACACUGUCUUGAUAAUACGAACCAAAGAGCCAAUUCUUUGAUAUCUCCUUAUCUCACAUAAUUAAUACAUAUUAUCCACCGGUUACCGUCUUCGUCGAACCCGUCGCUUGCGACGAAGGGCUAGACGAGCGAAUUAACCCACAGACACAGCGACUGAGUUUCUAGCCGGAUCUUCUCAGUGGGUCGCGUUUCCGAUCCGCUGGUAGAUUCUGCGAAGCACUGCUCUUGCUAGGGUCAGUGUUAGCAACUCUCCGGUUUGAGGCCCGUGAGCUCACCUACACACGCUAGGGUAAGCUGACAGAGGCUAUCAGCAUAAGUAGGAAAAAAAACAUUAUCAAACGAAUAUACUCAUAUUAGUAAACACGAAAAUAAAACAUUAUUUAUUAUAUAAAAAAACACGUAUAAUCUCUUAUUAACAUUGCUCACAAUAAAUGAAACAAGAUAAACAAAGUUCAGAAAUUCAACUAAUUUUUUUACAACCAUUUUUUUGUGUACUUUUUAUAUCAACAACUUAAGUUUACAAAUACAGUCUGAUGAUAAAGCUGUAAAGCUUACUUUGAAACAAUACAAUAUUUUUUAACUA